AUGCUUUACGAACUCAUUGGCGUGGUCCGCCCAGGCAACCUAGCCGAAGUCCGCGAAAUCGCAAAAACAACAGGCAACAUCGUCCUAAACUCCGGCGGCGUAGUCCGCGGCAUCACAAACUGGGGUGUUUUCCACCUUCCCAAGCCCAUGAGAAAAAACACAGUCACCCACAACACAGGCCACUAUUUUGUCGUCCGCUUUGACAGUUCGGCAAGAACGCAGCAUGCGGUGCGCAGAACCCUGGGCUUGGAUCCGAGAAUGUUGAGGUAUUCGGUGGUCAAGAUGGGCGGGACGCUUGAUGAGUUGAGGAGUGUGGUUGGUGAGGUGCAGUGGAGGGCUGAUGCUGAUGCUGUGCAAAACUGA